UCACGUGGCUAACGGACCCGCCAAAUCACAAAUUACAUUGGCGUACGCUAUGCAAUCGUCACAUUUGUGUGUGAUCAGUGAAAUUCAAAAGGAACUAAAGCUAGAUUGAUCGGUGAAAAGUUAGGUGUGAAAAUGUCGGUCUCCAAGAGACUCGGAAAAGGGAAACGAAGUUUAAUGAACGAAAGGAGUGAUAAUAUUAUACGUACUUUAACAUAUGUUGAUUCGGACGGUGAGUUUAGCCCACAUGAACAUGAUGGCGACAUUUCGGUGAAUGGUUCAAGUCCGUUAUCGUCGCCAUACGCCAACAAUUCAGACAGGAUGGAAGAUCAGUCCUCGGGAUUUUUUGAAAUGGAUUUACCCCCCUCAUCCCCGUGCCCUAGCCCUAGACCAAGAAGGAGACCCCUGAAAUCCAGAAAACAUUCGCCGAUCCCGUUCGCAGCGUAUCAAGACGAGGGUCACGAGGGCGAUAUUGACGAAGCCUCGGAACAGAGGGUACCGGCCCCGGGGACGGAGUUUUCCUCACCGGCAUGCCCUGUAUCCCCACCCCACAGGCGCUUGAGAGCGUUAAGACUUUUUGAUACACCCCACACACCCAAAUCACUUUUACAGAAGGCUAGAAGACGACGCCCCACAGAAGCUAAAGAAGAGAGGGUCGAGGCGAAUUUCAACCCCUUCACCCCAAAUAAUAACAGGCCAGGAUCAGCCAAUUAUUGUGGCAAAAGAAACAGAUCACAGUUUGAAAAGAGCUUGUUGGAAGAUUCAGCUGAUGAAAUAGAGAUAGAUAUCCCAUCCACAAAGAAAAUUGCGUUACAUGAGAUCAAUACAUCCAGAUACAAUGAGGAAUUCUAUGAAGUUUGUAAGCUAGGGGAUGGGGAGUAUGGCAGCGUGUUUAAGUGUGUACAUCGACUGGACGGCUGUACGUACGCCAUCAAAAAAUCAAAGACACCUGUGGCAGGGAGUGUUUAUGAGAGGAAUGCCAUGAAUGAGGUGUACGCCCACGCAGUGCUGGGGAUCCAUCAACAUGUAGUUAGGUACUACUCCGCCUGGGCAGAAGAUGAUUACAUGUACAUCCAGAAUGAGUACUGCAAUGGAGGCAGUCUGAGUGAAGUUCUGGAGAGUAACAGAAGAACGGGGAUGCACAUGAGUGAGAGUGACUUCAAACAGGUGCUCCUACACGUGGCUCAAGGUCUCCGACUGAUUCACUCCCAGAAUCUGGUCCACCUAGACAUCAAACCAGGAAAUGUCUUCAUUCACAGAAAUGAGAAAUUCUUGCGCUCACCAGAGAGUGGUAUGGAGUCCUGUGAUGAAUUGGAUGAUGAAGAAGUUGAGGAAUCACCAGCAAUUAUCUACAAAAUAGGGGACCUAGGUCAUGUGACAUCUGUCAGCAACCCUACAGUAGAAGACGGAGACUGUCGAUAUCUGCCCAAGGAAAUCCUGAAUGACGAUUUUGAUCACCUGACUAAAGCCGAUGUGUUCUCUCUGGGAGUCACCAUGUAUGAAACUGGAACUGGUUGUCAGUUACCAAAGAAUGGUGAGGAAUGGCAUGCCAUUAGGAGAGGAGAACUUAAGCACAUUCCACAGUACUCCCAGGAAAUCAAUGAUUUACUGAAGAGUAUGGUACAUCCAGACCCAAGCUGCCGACCCUCAGCAAUGGCUAUCACACAUCACCCUGCACUCUGUCCACAGGCCAAAAGAUCCCGCGCACAGUUACGCAAAGAACUGAAUGAAGAAAAACUUAAAAAUGAAGAGCUCUCAAGGAAACUUCAAGAGGCCACAAAGUGUAUACCGCGACCUUUCCGCACAUUCCGAAUAGACAGUGUUCCGUCAGCCCUGGCUCGGAACAGCCGCCUCCUGGGAAAGAACAUGAAGAGAAGCAUGAGUCUCUCAGCGUUCUAACACGACAGUUAAUUACUGCCUCGGACAGUGCAAUAGUGUGAAAUGGGAGUGGUGAUUCAAUGAACUGCAUGCAGAAUUUCUACAGCUUACUUUUCUUCCUAUUCUUCUCGCUUUAUUUAAUAAUUUGAAGAAAAAAAAACUUCAUGGGAUGGAAAUUUGCUUCUCUUUCACUUGUUAAUAUGUAGAGUUAGUAUAAUGCAUUUUUGUUCUUAGUCCGAAAAAUCAUUGGUAGUUUAUUUAGUGUAAUGUAUCUGUAAUACGAGUGCCAGUAUUCUCACUAUUAAAUCAUUUCUUAAAUAGACUGCAAAUGAGUAUGUAUUUGUGUUCUUUGUACCUCUAAUGUCCUGUCCGUCAGCAAAUCUGCAAUUAUGUAAGGAAGAAUUUGGAUUUUCUCUUCCUUUUCCUAACAAUGUGAUAAUGUGUGUUUGUUUGUGUGGUUGUAUGUGUGAUUGAAUUAACACCUCGCUACGAGGAGAAAUAAUUUGUAUAGAUAUAUAAUUUGUCAUUCAUAGUGCAUAUCAUUCAAAUCAUUUCCAUAGUGAAUGCUGAGGUAAUUAUAGAUAUAUUUAUACAUAAAAACAUAAUUUGUUGAAAGAUUUAAUGUUCAUUCUGCAGUUUAAUUCAUAAGCCUCUUGUUUCGUAUAUAGACAUCCUUGCAUUUUCUUUAUUAUACUUUUCACAUUUUUCUUUUUCAUCUUUUACAUUGCUUGUAUUUUCCUGGCUGCAAAAUGAAAUGCUUUUCAAACAUAACAUGGAAUAGUUAUUAUUUCUAAAUGGCAUAUGAUUUAUGAUAUGUAUUAUUUUGACUUCAUUGUUAAAUCUUAUUGUUAUUUCAUGUACCAAAAUUGUAUUUUUUUUUUAUAAAUGUAACUAGCAGGUGCAGAAAUUCUUUGGGUAAUAUUUUGGCAUAUAUAAAGCAUUAAUUUUGUAUUUAUUCUUUUUUUUUAAUGAAAUUUUUUUUUUCUUGUUAGAAAAGUAAGGGUUGGUUGGGGGUAAUUUAUUUAUAGCUCUGCUGGUUACAUUUUUAAAACCCCAUGAGAUCCAUAUUUUUUGUAUCCCUGUUCACAGCAAGGUGCUCACUGAUUGUACAUUUUAUUAAUAAAGUUUUAUCUAAUUAA